AUGCAGUUCCGUGAGAGAAAAUCUUCAUCAGCAACUCUAGGGUUUCGUAUAGAAGCAGCUCAACUCCCUGGAGUCCCUAUUCAAAAAAAUUUUAAACAAGUCCGAACACGUUUACAAGUAAGAAGAGCACUCAGACAUUUUUGUGGGACAGACAAAGUCUGUAAACAAUUAGCUAAACGUUUGAGGCAUAUUCGAGAUUCUGUUGAAGCUAGUUCUUUUUUUGCAUGUCAUGAGAUUGUUGGAUCGUCAGUAUUAUUAAUUCAUGAUGGAGGCACUAAUUCUAACAAUAAUAAAGAAAUAAAAGUAGGGGCAUGGCUCAUCGACUUUGCAAAAUGCCACAGAAUUGAAGGAGGGGGAAGAUUAACACAUCGACGUCCUUGGGAUUUGGGUAAUCACGAGGAUGGGUAUUUAAUUGGGUUGGAUAAUUUAAUGGAAUUGUUGGAAGGAAAUGAAGAAGAGGAGGAAGGGAAUGAUGAAAAUAAUAAUAAUAAUGAAGAGAGGAUUAAUUUAAAGUUUAAAGGAGAAAAGGAAAUUAAUGGAAAAUAG